GCCGCCAUUUUGUUUGUGCGGACAGACCGUCAGAAACAGGAGGAGAUAACCGAGAGGAAGGAGCGACUCUCCGGCUACCGACGGCCAGCCACACCGGGAAGGAAAGAAAGAGUGGAGAAAACCUGUCCGUGUUUCUAAGAGAGAGAAAGCAUCACCGUGGAGGGAAACCGAGUCGGUGAUAUAUAUAUAUAUGUAUGCAUGAGAAGGAAAUACUCCAAAUCCAAGGAAGGGGGUGUUUUGCGGAGCGGAGACAGAGAGGAGAGGCGGAAGAGCGCAAUAUAUCUUAUUAUAAGGAGGAAAAAAAACUGCGAAAAAAGGGAAAACAUGAAAAUUCACUAUGUGUCCGUCGCGGAGGAAGGAAAGAGUCCGCAUAGACAAUUAUAUAAAUAAAUUGCUGCCGGGCAGAAGGGAGAGGUGGAAAGAAAGACGGGUUUAAAGAGAAGGGGGAAAAUUGCCAGGAUCAACACGAAGGGGGGGCAUUUCUCCAUCACAAAGAGUAAAUGAGAGGAUUUUUUGGUCAGUGCAAAAUAUUUUAAAGCUAGGUGUCAACACCGAUCUGAAUCUUUCCGCUUCCGAAAUAGCCAUAAUUUUUUUUUUUUUUUGCGACCAAUCGUCAUUUUUUUAAUUCACAUUUUCGCCUGUCGCCCAAGCUGUGCUCCGGUUUAUUUUUUCUCUUCACUUGCAUCCUAUAAAGCAGUGAGUGACAGCUAAUUUUUGGGGAAUAUUUAUCUUUUUUUUUUAGAUUUCAAGUGCUAAAAACCAAGGGAAACCCAGAGGAGGAAACCUCUUGUGGAGCACAAGAUAAGUAACCUCUGCAAAAAUAAAAAACUAAUUGGAUCAAUCUGACUGCCCGCUGAUUGCCAAUUAGACGCUGUGAUUGCCCACAAGAAGUCCAAGAACUACAUUCUGCAUCAGGAUCGAUUGCACGGUGCUUUUUCUGACAAGAUUUUCUAUUUUGCCAACCCUGCUGCUCUGCAAGAGGAAAAAGGGGGUUGCAACAACCAAACGUGCAAUACGAGUUCCUGACCCAGUGCCUUGCGUGGUCAAACACUAAGUGCACAUUUUUUUGUCAGCAUGCACAUGCAAAAGAAAAGACAUACAUGGACAUCUGCUAUAUAUUCUCCUAUCUGAGUAACUGCAAGUGUGGGACUUUCUUUCUGCAGAACUGUUAUAGUAUUUAUUCAGUUUCUGUUAAGCCAAUGCAAGAUUCUCAGUAUUGUACUGAGUACUUCUUUAAACUGUAUUAGAGAGCUACUUCUACUCUGCAAAAUUAAGUGAGAUGUCUAGUCAGGUGAAAGAAAUAGUAAAUGCAACCGUGGAUCUCAUAACUGUUGCAUGAGGAAAACGGCCUGCAGAAGUUAACCCUCCUGGUUUGUGUUUUUUGGAGCUUGCUUAUCUUUUUUUUUCGUGCCCUGAUCGAGACUCCCCAUUUCAGAGCUGAAAUUACAGGCUUUCUCCGGCCGACUAUGGCGGAAAGGACUGAAAGCAGCACGGAGGACGGAUCUUUGGACAGUUUUUGUGUCGCAGAAGAGGCUACAUGAGGUUGUCAGAGGGGCCGCACACGCUUGCCUUUUUCGCCGACUCCACCUUCCCACCUCCUCCUGUUGAAAUCAGUGAAGAAACAGAAUCUCCGAAAGGGGAGGGGGACUGAUAGCUGCAGAGAGGAAUAAACCGAGAGGGUGAGGAAAGAGUUCAACAUUGCUCUCUUCUCCCCUACCGUCCCCCCAAGCGGUGGGGGAACGACCAUUUCUUAAAGGGAAAAGGAGACGCAAAUUAAAAGGAAAUACGUUUGCCCCUCCGUGGAUCUACAGCUUUUUUUUUUUAAUUCGACAAAAAUAUGGCCGAUAAUGUCCUGGAGUCCGGCCCGCCUUCAGCCAAGAGGCCCAAGCUGUCCUCUCCAGCCCUCUCCGUGUCUGCCAGUGAUGGAAACGAUUUCGGUUCACUUUUCGACCUGGAGCACGACCUCCCCGAUGAGCUCAUCAACUCGUCGGACUUGGGGCUGACUAACGGAGGGGAUGUCAGUCAACUCCACACCAGCCUCGGCAGUCUCGGAGGAGGACUGGGUUUGGGCGGCCAUGAUGCUGCUGCCAAACACAAACAGCUGUCGGAGCUGUUGCGUGCACCCGCACAGCAGGGGGGCCCCACAUCCAACAGCACAGGACCCGGGGCCUCCAUUGGGAUGAUGGGGGGUGUCUCCCCUGGUGGACCACAAGGCAUGCCCCCCCAGGGACAGCAGCCUGGAUUAAUGCAGCAAGUUGGGAUGGGUGGAGGGGUGGCAGCUCUCAAUCGGGCAGCUGCCAUGAUGAAUGCCCAGAAGGGCAACACUGGACAGCAGCAAGGUCUGAUGGGGGGGCAGGUGAUGAACGGCUCGCCAAGAAUGGGUUACCCUGGCAAUGGGAGCAUGGGUAACAAUAGUAAUUUGUUGGCGGAAACCCUGCAGCAGGGCGGGCAGCAAAUGGGACCCGGGGGUCAGGCAGGGAUGAGACCGCAGCAACCCGGAGCAUUGAACAAGAUGAAUAUGAUGGCCAACGCGGGCCCCUAUGGCGGUCCGUACGGCCAGGCUGGCCAGGGGCUUCCUGGAGCAGGGCUGGGCCCUCAGCUCCAGAAUAAGGCGGGGAUGCCAAACAAUAUGGCCGCUCAAUUCAACAUGGACAAGAAGGCACCGCCGGGUCAAGGCAUGCCUGGGAUGGCGUCUCAGCAGUCCGGAGCGGUGGGUGGUGUAUCCGUCGGAGGAGUAGCAGCGGUGGGAGGCCCCCAGGUCGGGCUCAGUGCCGUAGGGGCCGGUCCCGGCGCAGCGCCCCCUACCGCAGACCCCGAGAAACGGAAGCUGAUCCAACAGCAGCUGGUCCUCCUGCUCCACGCGCACAAGUGCCAGCGCAGGGAGCAGGCGAACGGGGAAGUGAGGCAGUGCAACCUGCCCCACUGCCGCACCAUGAAGAACGUGCUCAACCACAUGACUCACUGCCAGGCUGGCAAGUCCUGCCAGGUGGCUCACUGUGCCUCAUCCAGACAGAUCAUCUCUCAUUGGAAGAAUUGCACACGACAUGACUGUCCUGUUUGCCUGCCGCUGAAAAACGCUGGAGACAAGAGGAAUCAGCAGUCUCUUGUAAACAGUGCCGGGGUGGGUCUGGUGAACUCUUUAGGUUCAGGGGUUCCCGGUGGACAGUCCAACUCUCCCAGCCUGAACCCCCCCAACCAGAUCGACCCCAGCUCCAUCGAGAGAGCCUACGCUGCCCUCGGCCUCACGUACCAGGGGAACCAGAUCCCCCAGCCGUCGCAGGGCAGCAUGUCCAACCAGGGCCAGCCGGGGAUGAGGAACCUCAACUCCAUGGGUGGAAACUCGAUGGGAGUGAAUGGUGGAGUGGGGGUGCAAUCCCCCAACCAGUCGAGUCUACUGCCGAACUCCCUGCUGCAUGGCAGCAUGAGUGCACAGAAUUUGAUGAGUGAUAGUUUGGCGACCCUGAGCUCGAUGCCCAUGGCGACCCCCCCCUCUGCUCCCGGCAUGAGGAAGUCGUGGCAUGAAGACAUCACACAGGACCUCCGAAACCACCUCGUCCACAAGCUUUUGUGCAUGUGUGAGAGUAGUGUGCAGGCAAUCUUCCCCACUCCUGAUCCGGCCGCCCUGAAGGACCGGCGGAUGGAGAACCUGGUGGCGUACGCUCGGAAAGUCGAGGGGGACAUGUACGAGUCGGCCAACAGCCGGGCGGAGUACUACCAUCUGCUGGCAGAGAAAAUCUACAAAAUCCAAAAGGAGCUGGAGGAGAAGAGGAGGACGCGACUCCAGAAGCAGGGCAUGAUGCCCGGCAUCCCCUCCCCUGGCCUCCCACAGGUGCCCUCGAGCAUGGGACAGCCCCCCGGCAUGGGACAACCCCCCAGCAUGGGACAGCCCCCCAGCAUGGGACAGCCCUCUAUGGCUCCUGGACAAUCACCAAAUGGUCCUCACGCCGAUCCGUCCAUGGUCCGACCAGCUGGACCCAAUCAGAUGGUCAACAGGAUGCAGAGUCCAGGAGGAAUGAACCAGUUUGGUCAGAUGGGGAUGCAGUCGAUGGGUCAGAGGUCUCCUCUGCAUGCUCCAAUGAACCAGAUGGGUAUGGGAGCACCAAGGAUGGGUCAGCCCAACGCCUCACAGUUACAGAACCAGUACCUCCCUCCGGGUCAGUUCCCCGGCUCCAGCCCUGGACACGGCUCCGGCCCCGCCGGCAUGAACCAGCAGGGAGCGCAGACUGCGGUGCCACAGCAGAACCAGAUGUCCACGCCGCCGUCCCUCCCGGUCAGCAGCCCUGCAGCUCAGUCUGCCUCCUCUGCUCCGGGCUCCGCGGCCCCCGCAGGCUCCAGUGGUUCUGGUGGAUCUGGACCCCAAUCCAACCUGCCUCCAUCCUCCACCCCCAACCAGCCCAACUCCUACCCUCACUGCCCCCCCAUCAGAACAAACUCCCCGUCGCCGGCACGCAGCUUAACGCCUCAACCGCAUCAGACGCCCCCAACGUUACCUCGAUCUCAGACGCCACAGCCACAGACCCCCAGCACACCCCAGCAACAACAACAACAACAACAGCAGCAGCAGCAGCAGCAACAACAACAACAACAACAGCAGCAGCAGCAACAACAGCAGCAGCAGCAACAACAGCAUCAACAACAACAACAACAACAACAACAGCAGCAGCAGCAGCAACAACAGCAGCAGCAGCAGCAGCAACAGCAACAACAACAGCAGCAGCAACAACAACAACAACAGCAACAACAACAGCAGCCAACGGGCAAUUCUGUGAACUCUGAAAAAGCCAAUCAGCUUCAGCAGCCGGGGGGCCCGCCCUCCUCAGGACCUCCAGCAGGGCGACCUGCUUCGGUGCCCCCCCAGAAUGCAAAUGUGCCAAUACAGCGUCCUCAGACCCCGCUCUCGCCGAAGCCUUCUCUGACCGCAGAGUCUCAGGUUUCCACUCCGGGCUCCGUCAGCAGCAGCGCCGACACCAGCUCUCAGCUCACCCUGAACGAGGGCUCUGCUCCCAGCCAGGAAGACGUGAAGAUGGAGGUGAAGAAGCAGGAGGAGGACGACGAGGGGGCUGAUACCGAAGGAGAGGGCAAGGGGAAGAUGGGGAAGGGUCAACGAGACAUAAAGACAGAGGAAAAACCAGAGAUAAAGAAAGAGAAGACGUCAGGAGACGGGUGUAAAGGCGAGCCGAUGGAAACGUCUUCAUUCUCGGCAUCUUCGACACCAUCGACGGCUGAAGACAAGAAGCCGGAGGUGAAGAAGGAGCCCAAAGAGGAAGAGGACGGUUCAAACAGCGGAUCCCCAGCCAGCGAGAAGAGCAAGAAGAAAAUCUUCAAGCCGGAGGAGCUGCGCCAGGCUCUGAUGCCGACCCUGGAGGCUCUGUACCGGCAGGACCCCGAGUCCCUGCCCUUCCGCCAGCCGGUGGACCCCCAGUUACUGGGAAUACCCGUACGUAUUCGAACUAGUAACAACACUAACCUGCAGGACUACUUUGACAUCGUGAAAAGCCCCAUGGACCUGUCGACCAUCAAGAGGAAGCUGGACACGGGGCAGUACCAGGAGCCGUGGCAGUACGUGGACGACAUCUGGCUGAUGUUCAACAACGCCUGGCUGUACAACCGCAAGACGUCGCGCGUCUACAAGUACUGCUCCAAACUGGCCGAGGUGUUCGAGUCCGAGAUCGACCUCGUCAUGCAGGGCCUCGGGUACUGCUGCGGGAGGAAGUUUGAGUUUUCCCCCCAAACUCUGUGCUGCUAUGGAAAACAAUUAUGUACCAUCCAACGAGACGUUGCCUAUUUCAGUUACCAGAACAGGUACCACUUCUGUGAGAAGUGUUUCAACGAAAUCCAGAGCGAGACCGUUUCCCUGGGGGACGACCCCUCCCAGCCUCAGACGACCAUCAACAAAGAGCAGUUCCAGCGAAAGAAGAACGACACACUCGACCCUGAGUUACUUGUGGAAUGUAUUGACUGCGAUCGUAAAAUGCACCAGAUCUGCGUGCUGCAUCAUGACACCAUAUGGCCUUUGGGCUUUACAUGCGACAACUGCCUGAAAGCGGCCAACAAAACGCGGAAAGAGAACAAAUACGCAGCCAAAAGGCUUCCUCAGACCAAACUGGGGAACUAUCUGGAAACCCGAGUGAACGAUUACAUCAGGAAGCAGAACCUCCCCGAGUCCGGAGACGUCACCAUCCGCGUGGUCCACGUGUCGGACAAAGUGACGGAGGUCAAGGCGGGCAUGAAGUCCAGGUUUGUGGACAGCGGGGAGAUGUGCGCCUCCUUCCCCUACAGGAUGAAAGCCCUGUUUGCAUUCGAGGAUAUCGACGGAGCUGACGUGUGUUUUUUCGGGAUGCACGUCCAGGAGUACGGCUCCGACUGCCCGCCUCCCAACCAGAGGAGAGUUUACAUCUCCUACCUGGACAGCGUUCACUUCUUCCAGCCGCGACUCAUCAGAACAAAUGUUUACCACGAGAUCCUGCUGGGAUACCUGGAGUACGUCCGGAGGAUCGGGUAUACGACGGGUCACAUAUGGGCCUGUCCACCCAGUGAAGGCGACGAUUAUAUCUUCCACUGUCACCCCGCCGACCAGAAGAUCCCCAAACCCAAACGGCUGCAGGAGUGGUACCGGAAGAUGCUGGACAAAGCUGUGGCUGAGCGCAUCGUUCACGACUACAAGGAUGUCUUCAAGCAGGCGACAGAGGACCGGCUGACGAGCGCUAAAGAGCUUCCGUACUUCGAGGGCGACUUCUGGCCCAACGUCCUGGAGGAGAGCAUCAAGGAGCUGGAGCAGGAAGAGGAGGAGAGGAAGAGGGAGGAGAACAGCACCUCGAACGAGUGCACAGACGUGACGAAAGCAGACAGUAAGAAUGCCAAAAAGAAGAACAAUAAGAAGACCAGCAAGAACAAGAGCAGCCUGAGCCGAGCCAAUAAGAAGAAACCGGGGAUGCCCAACGUCUCCAACGACCUCUCCCAGAAACUCUACGCCACCAUGGAGAAACAUAAAGAGGUCUUCUUUGUGAUCCGCCUCACCGCCGCCAACUCGCUGCCCCCCAUCUCGGACCCCGACGGCCUGAUGGCCUGCGACCUGAUGGACGGCCGCGACGCCUUCCUCACUUUAGCCCGGGACAAACACCUGGAGUUCAGCUCCCUCCGGCGGUCCAGGUGGAGCUCCAUGUGCAUGCUGGUGGAGCUGCACAACCAGAGCCAGGACCGCUUCGUCUACACCUGCAACGAGUGCAAACACCACGUGGAGACGCGCUUCCACUGCACCGUCUGCGAGGACUACGACCUGUGCAUCACCUGCUACCACGCCAAAGGUCACGAGCACAAGAUGGACAAGCUGGGUCUGGGCCUGGACGACGACAGCAACAACGCGUCGGCGGCAGCGACUCAGAGCCCCGGAGACUCUCGCCGCCUCAGCAUCCAGCGCUGCAUCCAGUCGCUGGUCCACGCCUGCCAGUGCCGCAACGCCAACUGCUCGCUGCCGUCCUGUCAGAAGAUGAAGCGCGUGGUGCAGCACACCAAGGGCUGCAAGAGGAAAACCAACGGCGGCUGUCCCAUCUGCAAGCAGCUCAUCGCGCUGUGCUGCUACCACGCCAAACACUGCCAGGAGAACAAGUGUCCCGUCCCGUUCUGCCUGAACAUCAAGCAGAAGCUCCGUCAGCAGCAGCUGCAGCACCGGCUCCAGCAGGCGCAGAUGUUGAGGCGGAGGAUGGCCAGCAUGCAGAGGGUGGGGCAGGCGGCCGUCGGUCCUCCAGGAGCUGUAGGACUUCCUUCACCCGGGAACAACGGUACAGCUCCCAGUACCCCGACAUCUGGAGGAACACAACCUCCAACACCGCAGACGCCAACUCAGACCGGGCCUCCACCAACGCAGCAGGGAAUGGGUCAGCAGCAGCAGCAGCAGCAGCAGCAGCAGCAGCAGCAGGGUGGGGGAAUGCCUCCACAGAGCGGCAUACCUCCUCACAACCUCCACCAUCAAUUCCAGCAGAUGCAGGGUGGAGGAGGCGGGGGGAUGAUGAGCUCCCCCCAACAUCAGAUGCUCCCUCAGAUCCAGCAGCAAGGUGGAGCAGGGAACCCGCAGCAGCACCACCAGAACAAUCUGCCUCCAUAUGCCGGCCGGCCCCCAGGGUCCUCCCCGCUCCACCAGUCUCAGGGCAAACCGCUCCUCGGGUCCGCCACGCCUCCCCAGCAGCAGCAGCAGCAGCAGCAGCAGCAGCUCGGAGGCAUGCAGGGAAACGUUGGGGGGCCACAACCUCCCAACCAGCCCCAGGGCCCGUCCUCCCUGCAGCAGCACCCCCCCUCCGGACCCCCACCUGCAGCGGUGGAGAUCGCCAUGAAGAUCCAACAGGUGGCGGACGCCCAGAGGAAGAUGGCUCUGCAGAGACAAGCUGCUGCAGGUUUGAUGCCCUCUCACCCCCACCAUCAGCAGGGCCAGGGGCAGCAGAUGGCCAUGGGGCACCCGGGGGCCGUGGGGCACCCGGGGGCCGUGGGGCACCCGGGGGCCGUGGGGAUGGUUGGAGCCCAGGGUCUGCCUCCUCAGAACCAGGCCGCGGUGGCAGCGGCAGCAGCGGCGGCAGCAGCUCGGGCCCACAUGGAGCAACAACAAGGGGCUCCACCUGGGAUGAUGGUUGGUGCCGGAGGGCCCAUGCAGCAGCCCCCCCAGCAGGGUAACAUGCCGCAGGGCCAGAUGCCCCCUCAGGUUCAGCUGCAGCAGCAGAGGAUGGGGGCCCCACAUCAGAACCCCCAGCAGCAGCAGCAGUGGGCGGGUCAGGGGAUUCCCCCCCAGCAGAGGCAAGCUAUGAUGAACCAAAUGAACCAUCCGGCCAUGACUGCAGCUCAGCAGCAACAGCAACAACAGCAACAACAGCAGCAAAUGCAACAACAACAACAACAACAGCAAAUGCAACAGCAGCAGCAGCAACAACAACAACAACAACAGCAGCAACAACAACAGCAGCAGCAGCAGCAACAACAACAACAACAACAGCAGCAGCAGCAGCAACAAGCCGCCCUGAUGAGCAUGGCCCAACAGCAGCAAGGUGCUGGAGCCGGUAUCCCUGGAGUUGCCGGUGCCGCCGCGACGUCUGGGGAUAAAAUCCCCCAGGAGGCCCUGCAGGAGCUGCUGAGGACCCUCCGCUCGCCAAGCUCUCCGCACCAGCAGCACCAGGUCCUCAACAUCCUGCGCGCCAACCCACAGCUCAUGGCCGCCUUUAUCAAGCAGAGGGCCUCCAAAUACAAGGCCCCGGGAGGAGCGGGCGGUGUCCCCGGGGGACCUCCAGGAGGGCCUGUGGGGAGCGUCAUGCCGGGAGGAGGCGGCCCCCAGGUCAACAUGAGCGCUGCAGGAGGAGGACAGCCCGGGAUGCACAUGGGUGGUCAGGGAGGAGCGAAUGUUAACAUGGCGACCAUGGCCCAGCAGCUACAGCAACAACAACAACAGCAACAGCUGCAUCAACAACAGCAGGCGCAACAACAGCAACAACAACAACAACAGCAACUACAGCAGCAGCAGCAACUACAACAGCAGCAACAGUUGCAACAACAACAACAACAGCAACUACAACAACAACAGCAGCAACAACAACAACAGCAGCAGCAGCAGCAGCAGCAGAGGCCGAUGCUCAGCAGUUUACAGCAGCAGCAGGUUGCCGUUCUCCAGCAGCAACAACAGCAGCAGCAACAACAACAAGGUGCAGGGAGAGGGAUGCAGGGCCAGGGGGGCCAGAUGGGAAAUAUCAACAACCCUCAGUUCAGAGAGCUACUCAUGAGGCGGCAUCUCCAACAGCAACAACAGCAGCAGCAGCAGCAACAACAACAACAACAACAACAGCCGCAACAACAGCCGCAGCAGCAGCAGAUGGGAGUGAGUCACGGUCAGUUCCAGCAGCCGCAGCCCCCCCAGCAGGGCUACAUGGGGCAGGCUGGGAUGCAGCCUCCUACAGUUGGCCAGGGGCCUCCAGGAGGGCAGCCUCUUGGCCCCCAGCAGCCCGGGGGGGGUCCUCAGGGCCAGCAGGGUCCUCAGGGCCAGGGUUACUCAGUGGCGCAGCAGCAGGCCCUGCAGCAGCGGCUGCAACACCAGCACCACCUGCAGAUGCAGCAGCAGAGCGCCAUGUCGGGCCUGCAGGGCGGUGACGCAGGUCCUGGUGGGGGGGGGGGUCCUCAGCAGCCCCCCCAAGGGCCACAGCCCCCUCAGGGCGGACCCCCAUCGUCUCAGGCUCUGCUCCAGCAGGCGCUCCACCAGCGGCUCCUCCAGCAGCAGCAGCACCUGGGCCCCGGGGGGUCUCCGGCGCACAGCAACCCCAUGAGCCCCCAGCAGCCGCAGCAGAUGGCUCAGUCUCCGCACCCCCACCCGCACCCCCACCUCCAGAACCAGGCGCUGUCCUCGUCGCUCGCUAACCAGGUCCGGUCUCCGCAGCCGUCGCCCCGGCCGCAGUCGCAGCCGCCGCAUUCCAGCCCGUCGCCGCGCAUGCAGCCGCAGCCGUCCCCGCACCACAUCUCCCCCCAGAUGCAGACCGGAUCCCCCCAUCCGGGCCACAUGAGCCAGCACCACCCGGGGAUGGUCCAGCAGCAGCAGCAGCAGCAGCCAGGGAACCAGCAGCAGCAGAACUCUAUGGAUCAGUUUGGUUCGGACCCGAGCGCCAUGAUGUCGCAGCUGAGCGGCAUGGCGGGUCUCCACGGGCCGGGGGGGGGCAGCGGGCAGGACCCUCUGGGCCAGAACAUGAAUCACAACCCUUUGGACAUCAUGUAGGAACUCAGUCGUGAUUCUCCGCACAAACUGCACUCACCCAGGACAGUGUUAUUGUUACCUAGCCUUUCUUUUAUUUUAUACGAUCAUUAAAUGUUAUUUAAAAUGUUUUCAAUAAAGAUGCAUUGAACUGAA